CUCCAGCAAAGCAAGGACUGCCCUAUUGCAGCACCACAAAGAUUCAGUGCCACCAGCGUGUGCCCCACAUCUGUGUGGGUGUCACUGUGAUCCCAAACGCUCUCUGCUCCUGUUCCCAGUGGGGAUGGUGUUGGAAAGCACAGAGGGAGAGAGUCUGGCAUCCCAUGGGGGACUCUGUGCCAUAGCAUGCACUCCUAGACCUUAGGGGAGAGUGUGUUGCAGCCCAGGGGUGACAGCCUGUGUGGGGCAUCUCUGUGGAGGCUGUGUUCAGUGCACUACGUGUGCCACCCCACUGGGGAAUCCAUAGUGACACCACCCCUAGGUGACCACAUGAGGAGGUGUUAUCAUGACUUCCUGUCCCCAAAGGGGAACUGACAGCAGCUCUCCUGCCACUCCCUGUUCUCACUGCUGCAGUCUCGCUGUCCCCAAGCUGCUCCUGCCUCAUGGCACCAAUGGCGCUGGCCCUCAUGCUAGGUUGGUGUCUGGUGGCAGUGAGCAGGGCACAGCAUCUGCUCCGACCCUCCCUCUCACUGCACCCCAGCCAGAGAGUGUCCCUGGGGGACAAUGUCACCCUGCGCUGCCACCUGCCCCAGCCGGCUACCAGGGUCCAGCUCUGUCAGGAUCAAUAUUUGACAUCCUGCAUGCACAAGCAGCACGUACAGGAUGUGGCUGACUUCUUCAUUACCACAACGCGGGAACAUGCUGGGACCUAUCGGUGCCAGUAUUGGGCACUGCAGCCAUUGGAGACAUCAGAGCAGAGUGACCCCGUGGAGCUGGUGCUGACGGAUCACACGUUUCCCCCACCUGAAAUUUCCCUGAGCCCUGAGGGACAAGUGCAGACAGGGACCAACGUCAUCAUCCGCUGCUGGAACAAGGAUUUUGGAGCCACUUUCCUCCUGCACAAGGAUGGUUGCUCAGCCCCUGUCCAGUGCCAGAACCCUGAUGGUGGGGGCACGGCCACCUUCACCCUCUUGGGGGUGACUCCAUCUGACAAUGGCACCUAUGGGUGCUCCUACAUCAUCAAGGGCUACUUCCCCUUAAUGUCCUCUCUCCUUGGGAACAGCGUGAGUCUUGAGGUGACAUCCACACCUGCACACCCAGGUACGUCUGAGCCCCCCAUUUGCAUGUCCUCAGUG